AUGGCCGCAUUAGCCAGUUCCCUCAUCCGGCAGAAACGGGAGAUCCGGGACCCCGUGGCCAGCCGCCCCGUCUCCACCCAGCGGAAGGCUUGCCCCCGAGGCACCAAGUCCUUAUGCCAGAAGCAGAUCUUAAUUUUGAUUUCCAAAGUCCGGCUCUGCGGGGGUAGGAAAGGCCGGUUGGAAAAGACGCCAGAGCCGCAGCUGAAGGGCAUCGUCACCAAACUCUUCGGCCGGCACGGCUACUACCUCCAGGCGCGCCCGGACGGCAGCAUCGAGGGCACCAGGGAGGACGCCAGCGGGUUCAACCUCUUCAACCUGAUUCCCGUGGGGCUUCGGGUGGUGGCCAUUCAGAGCACCACCUCUGGGCAGUACGUCGCCAUGAACGCCGAGGGCUACCUCUACAGCUCUGCUCACUUCACCGCCGAAUGCCGGUUCAAGGAGUGCGUCUUCGAGAACUACUACGUCACUUACUCCUCCACCCUGUACCGGCAGCGGGAAUCCGGCCGCUCGUGGUAUCUGGGCAUCAACAAAGACGGGCAGGUGAUGAAAGGAAACCGAGUCAAGAAGACCAAGGCGGCAGCCCACUUCCUCCCCAAACUGCUGGAAGUGGCCUUGUAUCGCGAGCCUUCCCUGCACAACGUCGUGGAGCAGGCCCUGGCCAAGAAAGCGGAGGAAGGAGAUGCCCCUGGGCACCCACGGAAGGAGGCAGCAGCCACGUAG